CAAUAAAGAAGAGAGCAAUGGCUGAAAAAUCUCUCAGAGCACCCGAGUCUAAGUCAGAGUCUGACAGCGGCGAUGGAGAUGUGACUUGUUUAUCCGCCGAAGACGUCACGAAAGAGACACUGACAGUCCAAGAAUACCAGAUGAAAGCUUUCUACCAUCUUCUCCAAGUAUUCGCUUUAGAAACCUCGACAAUGUCAAACAAGAGGACUGAGAUCAUUGAGAAACUGAUGAACGAGUGGGGGAUAUCUGACGAAACUUGCAACGCUUUUGCGGAUAAGAUUCAGAAGAAUCUUCUGAAGCUAGAGAAAAGGUAUGUAUAUAUAUCUUCUUAUCAAAGCUUUAAUUACAUACUUCCAAGGGAGGAUGCAUCUGUAUCUGAUGAGAAGGAAACGCAGAUAGUACCAGAGACGCCAUUGGCCAAACCUGUAACUGCAUCCCGGAGUUCGACUUAUGUUCCUAAAUCUGGCAAAAUCUGGGGCAGUGUUAAUCCUGAGUCUCUUAUUGGAAAAUGUGUUCAUAUGAGGCUGCCUGAGGAAGCUGAUUUCAAUGAAUACAUCAUCAAAGCAUAUGAUGCGGAACAGGAAAUGCAUCGCGUUAUGGCCGCAGACUCGAAUGCAAUGGAGGUUGAUGACUCGUAUAGCAUGAUAGAUCUCAGAGAAGUUUCUCCUGAAGAUAUACUGUGGGAAGGAGAAAUCCCGAACUUUGAUGCUCCCAAACAGUCUACAACUCGACGAUCCCUUUUCUGA